GCAUCUGACUGGAGGCAGGAAGUGCCACGGUCUCUCAAACAGGCUACACAAUUCGGAUGUGAAUUUGCAAAGCGGCUGCUGAAGGCCUUUUUAAAUCUGGUUAUCACUGGAAAUAUUUUUGCACUCGAAUGCGUCUCAGCCGAACGCGGCGUUCAGUAGAAACAGCAUUUUUGUUCGUGUAAAAUGUAGUUUAAGAUAAUAAUUAGCCUCUAAAUAAGAUGAAAAUCUGAAAAAGCAUGCAGGACUGGUUGGCAGACUGAGGGCCGGUGAAUGGAGGUCACCGCAGACACAGAGUGAGUCUCAGCGGUGAGAUAGAGAGGGGGAGAGGGAGGACGGACAGCGGCCAGCCGCCUUCAAAAAUGGCGUCUCCGGAGGAAAAUGAGUAAAAAAUAUUAAAACGAGGCCUGUUUUCUUUACACUUCCUCGUUCGGUAUUUAUGUUUUUUCGUACUCUGGUUGUAUUUCGCCCGGUUCGAGCAAACUCGUCGUCGCUUUUACUUGAAUGGCUAAAGAAAGCAGAAAUCAGAGGAGCGAGCAUUUAGGGAAAUAAAGGCAGCCCUGUUUUAUUUUGAUGCGUCGUUACUGACAGCUAGCAUCUGCUGCUAGCCCACAGCUCUGCUCCGGAGGGGGUGGGAACGAUUUGUAUUCAAAGGAAAAAACGAUUUUUAAAUUGGGGUUUUUCUUUGCUCGUCUAUGGGGAGUGAUUGCUACCAACGUGGCCCGUCGAUUACAAUCUUUUCUGGUGCUAGCAUCGUAGCAAAGACUAGCCCAAAGAAAGGGGAGGAGAGACAGUGAAAAAGGACGCAUUCAAAUCAAAUGUUUAUCAGCAAUUCGUCCAUCACUGGCCAAAUCCGCGGCAUCUUCAUCAUGACCAUGACUGUUUUUGGACUAAAUCUGCAUUCGUGGAAAUGAUAAAUGUGAAAGGCGUAGGAAAAGGAGAAAGACUGGCUUUUUUUGGAGGUGGUUGGAUUAUAACCCCGUAGACCCCCCUCUUUUUUCAUCCAGCUUUCUCCUCCUCCCCUCCAUUUCUCUUUCAAUAUGCUGUUUUCCACUCCUGAGGACUUGCUUAUGAAACCGGGGAAAAUAGCCUGAAACCGAGAACGGGAAAGACUGGAUUUUUUUCCGUAAUCUGCUCUGCGACGUUCUCGUUGCUUUCGUCCUCAUCGCACACAUUAUACACCACAUAAAUGGAUAGAAAUUACCCGGGAACAGGAUUUGGUGAUUUGGGCGCAGGAGCAGGAUGGAGUUACGAGAGAUCGGCAAAAGCAAGUCUUGUAUAUGGGAGUUCCAGAUCAUCCCACCCUGAGUCUGAGCUCCUUCACCGACAAGCCUACGCCACCCCUCACCCUCUGCAGGGCUAUGCCACCAAUCACCACCCAGGGAGCUCUGGCCAAGGCGGGGCUUGGGGAGCAGCUGGACGGAGUUUGGGUCUGUCGGGGCUCUUUGACACUGGCCUGCACCAUGCCAGCCCCUCUGCCCCCGAUGCCUCCGUCAUGAAUUUGAUCUCAGCCCUGGAGUCUCGGGGUCCCCAGCCUCCGCCCUCUGCCUCUUCGCUUCUUUCCCAAUUCCGCACGCCAUCCUGGCAGACAGCGAUGCACACACCUGCUCCUCCUGAACUAUUCAUCUCCGGAGCCCUUCCUGGCUCUGGCUCCUUCCCCUCCUCCUCAGCUCUCUCAGCCUAUCAGCAUCCAGCAUCGUUCUCUGGCCGCUCUUUCCCUACAGCCUCCCUUUCCCUCCAGGACACGCCCACGUUUAGUCCCACAUCUAAUGGCCUCCUCUCCCCACAUGACCCCCUACUACACAUCAAGGCCCCUUCCCAGUCUAGCCUGGGUUUUGAUAGACUGCUGUCCUCGCAGGGUGCUGCAGCAGCUGCCUAUAGGGGCAGCCAGGAUCCCACGAGUGCCACAUCAGCCCAGGCGUCCUCUGCCAGGCACCUGCAGUCACACCAGUUCAACCUGCUGUCAUCACAGCUCCAGGACCAGUCGUCCCAGCUGUACAAUGCAUCAGUCUUUUCCUCAGCCCAGCCCCAGCCUCAGUCCCAGUCCCAGUCCAAUUCGGCUCAGGAACGGGCUGUUCCCCGGCAGGACAGCGUUAUCAAGCACUACCAGCGGCCCACGCCAGCUCAGUCACAGCUCUCAUCCUCUGCUGCCCACUCCCUUCAGCACUACCUCAGCUGUGGAGGGGCGGGGUACCAGCAGAUUGCCACCCACCACAGGCAUGCUGGCCUUUCCUGCAGCCCACUGGGUGACCAGAGCCCCUCAUCUGACCACAAGUCAACCUCUCGCACUGAGCAGUAUCGGCCAAUCAUCCAGCCACCCUAUUCCUCCUCCUCCUCGUCUUCUUCCUCAGCUGGGAAAGGUACCAAAAGCAGCUCCAGCAGUGGCUAUUCUUCUGCCAGUUCAGCGUCAUCCUCAAGAACUCCCCACACACCCCCUUCUGCUUCCUCUACCUCCUCUUCAUCCUCAUCUUCUUCUGCCACCUCUGGGGCUCAUCCUUCCAACUCAAUCCCCACCUCCAGCUCCAGCGCAGCCCCUUCCAGGCAGCAGCCACCCCCUCAGCCAGCGCCUCCUCCCCCGGCCCCACAGCAGCCACCUGCCACCUCCAGUUCAGCCCCCCAGUCUCUCUCCAAAUCUUGCCUCUCAGGCUAUGGUUCUCCUGUGCCCCCAGUGAAGACUCCCAACUCUGCUCUUACUGGUCAGACCCCACCCCAACAACAGACACAAUCAUAUUCCCCUAAUCAGCCCCCUACUUCCCACCUGGCUCAGUCCUACGGAGGCUUUAGUUCACCACAAGCCCAAGACCUGAGCUCAGGUACAGGUGGAAAAGGCUAUGGGAGUUUAGGAGGGCGAAGCCAGUCAUACCCCACUGAUAUAUAUGGAGCUGACUCCACCUAUGGUUCACUUCCAUCCUCUCUGGGUGGAGCUGGAAGCCCAUCAUUAGGCUACGGAGCCCCAGGUCACUCCCCUGCCCUUUUAAGGUCAAGUGGUUCAUCAGGCAGUGGAGCAUCUGGGGGAGGAAGCAGUAGCGGCGCAGGAAAUGGGAACUCUGGGUCAGGAGGAGGAGGGGGGAAUAGUAUGACCAAUGAGAGAGGUGGAGGUGGUAGUGGUGGAGGGUCUUAUCAUAUUCCAGACUCUAGCCCCUCUCCAUCAGGCAACUCCGGCAUCAUCCGUCCAGGGUUGCACUCCCCAGCGCCCAGCUGCCCCACACAAUCUCCAGGAGGUCCAGGCUCUAAUAAAUAUAUUUCUUCAGUUCUCUCCCCCACCUUCCUAGCCUCUCCACAGGGUUACCCUGACACUAGAGGUCCAAGCUCCCAACCUCAGUCCUAUCAUUCCACCUCUUCGAAAACAAAGGACACUUCCAUGCUAGGAGUGGGCUCUCAGAGAUCACAAGAGGAAGUAGAUGACGAUGACGAGUUCUUGAUCCAACACCUGCUGCAGGCACAAGCAAGUCCCGCUCCCCAGGCUGCUCAUCACCAUCCUCAACAACAACCCCAACAGACAUCCCAACAAACACAGCCUCAGCCCCAAUCAGUGCCCCCAACCACUGAUUCAGGCAAAGGGCUGAGCUAUGACAUGGAUAAGAGCUCUGAGGAGAGGUACCACCCCCAGAGUGUCAUACGUACCCACAGUGCCACAUCUACUGGUAAUGCAGGGUCUGGAGCGUCCAUCUCAGGGCUGGAAAACCAGCUGGAGAUGUCACUAAAGAAGCAACAACAUCAACAACAACAACACCAUCAUCAACAACAGCAGCAGCAGCAAAGGAACGAGAGGUCUGUUGGAAGCAGCAGGGGCAGUGGAGGAAGAGGCAGCGCUGAACAAGUGCACUCCCAUCUCCAUCACCAUGACAACCUAGGCUCGGUUGUCCACUAUGGGCGGGGUGACCCGUACAGUCAACACUCCCUUGCUCCCCAACACUCCUCACAUGGUCAGCAUGUGUCCUCGCACUCACAGAUACCGUCCCACACCCAAAUGGAGCUCCAAAAGAAGCCACAGGAGCGCGCUGAAAUCCCUUAUCCUCGGAAAACACCGGAGGUCCAGCAACAGCAUUCCCAGUCUCAAGCUGCUGCCUCCCUCAUGGACUCUCCUACCGAUCAGUCUCGUCAGCCACCACAUCUGCUACAGUCAGUGCUGUCCCACACCACCCGCAACAAACUUGAGCCUCAUCAGCAGCACCACAAGAUGGACUCUCACCAACAACAUCAACAACAGCACCACAAAAUGGACUCUCAUCGGCAACAUCAGCAACACCCAAAAAUGGACUCCCACCCUCAGCAUCAACAGCACCAUAAAAUAGACUCUCAUCCCCAACAGCAGCAGCACUCUAUCAGUCAACAGCAAGCUGUAAUGGAAAGUGGUGGGACACUUGGCUCAAGUAAACACCAGGCUCAGUCUCAGUCCCAAACCACCCAGCUCCAGCUUCAACUCCAGUCCCAGGCUUUGGAGGUGGCAGCGGCUCACUACAACCACGGGCCCCCUCCACAUCAGCAUGAGCAGAGCCAGGUUAAACAACGGUCAGUGGUGUCUUCUUUGGACAUGCUGGAGCGCUCCCUUUCUCAGACCUCCAGCACAGAUGUAGCUGUUGCAGAGGACCGACGCGGUGGAGCAGGCAGCGGGGGAAGGAGUGGAGGUAGCAGUGAGCGCCACAGACAGCAGCAGGAGCAGCAGCAGCAGCAGCAGAGGCAGCACCCAUCCCACCAUCACUCACAGCAACACUCAGCCUCUGAGCUCCACUCCUUCCUCUCGGAGCCCGAUAUCGGCUUAUCCACCCCGCCUCACAUGCACCACCUUUCACAGCACCACCCGCAGCAGCAACAGCAGCACCCCAGCUCUCAACACCAACAAACCCACUCUCACCACCCUCACUCUCAGCAGCCCCCACACCCUCACCACAUACCCCCACCAUCUGCCUCAGCCCACUCCCAGCCUCAGCCUGACCCACAGCAGCCACUCUCAUCCCAGCUCACCCCUCAGCAGAGCCAGCUGGACCAACAGCGCUCCGAGCAGCACCAGUUUGACACGGUCAGUCCAGUGGAGAAAGCCGACCAGAAUCAACAAAGUAACCGCUUUGUACCCCUAACUUCCAUCUGCUUCCCGGACUCCCUUCUUCAGGAUGAGGACCGCUCCUUUUUCCCAGGAAUGGAAGACAUGUUUUGUGCAGAAGACUACAAGUCAAGCUGUGCUGGAGGUGCAGGACCAGGACAGGAAGAGAUGAAUGAAAGCCACACUGGGCAAGAGGGAAUGGAUUCCAUGAAAGGUGGACCGGGGGGAGGUGGAGCAGGGGGAAGUAGUGGAGCUAGCUAUGACAUAAUGGGUCACCAUGGUGGAGAUCAAGGUUAUGAACCUUACUGUCAUGGUCUGGAAGAACCCAGCAACAACACCAUGACUCUGGAUCUAGACUCGCUUAAAACCCACGAGCUCCCAUCCACUGUGAACACUGAACAGCUAGGAUUGAUUCAGUCCCAGGCCCCAGCUAUGGGCAUGGGCUCCAAUACUGCUGCUCCCAACAACUCAGGAGCUAAACUGUCUUCUGGGCCUGGAGGAACUAGCCAAGGAGCUGGUUCUGGAGGCCUCCAAUCUCCCAUUUUCUGCUCAUCACGUCCCAAGAAACUUCUCAAGUCCAGCUCUUUCCACCUGUUAAAGGAGCGCCGGGACCCCAACACACUGCCGAAGAAAAGUUAUGCUCAAGAAUAUGAGUUUGAAGAUGAUGAGGAUAAAGCUGACCAGCCAGCUGACAUCCGGUUGAACAGCCGGAGGCUCCCGGACCUAUUGCCGGACUUGGUGUCGAGCUGCAGAAAGGGAGGAGGAGGAAGUGGCUCACUCAGCCCUCUAAUGAGUGACAUUGACUUUUACCACUCCUCUGGCUACUCCGCUAUGGGUUCACACUCUCUUCUGCCUCAGGAUGGACCCAAGAAGAGGGGCCGAAAGCCCACUAGACCCAAGAGAGACGGCCCCCCUAGGCCAAGAGGCAGGCCUCGCAUUCGCCCGAUGCCUGAGCCCUACACUCCACGAGGGAUGAUGGGGGAGAUGGGUGGAACACCAACAGGAGGGGGAUUUAGUGUGGAGGGACGAGGUAGGGGUAGGGGCCGUGGAAGCCGAGGUAGAGGACAAAGGAGGGAGGAUAUGUACAUGGAAAUUAGCGGGAAGGAGCAGGAUCAGAUGCACCACCAUCACCUCCAUCAGCAGCAGCCACAGCAGCUCCAUCACCAGCCCCAACAGCAGCUACACGAGCCAAUUCCUCCUCUGAAGAUCAAGCUACCAAUUGGUACCCUGUCCUCAUCCGAUGCCUUGCUGAGGACGGACUCCUUGUCUGGCACGGACCCUGCUUUGUCGGACGGCUCAGUGGGCUCCGCUCCCUCACUUGGUUUAAGUCCUGGACCCCCCUGCAACACUGAAAGCAACAGAUGUCAGGACAAGAACAAGCAGAAAAACCAGAUGAUGAGUGAAGGAGUGGAUGAUGAGGGGCUGGAGGAAAGGGGCGAGGAGAAGGACUCUGAGUCCAAGGCCGGCUUCGUCGCUUCAUUCUUGGACUUCCUCAAGACAGGGAAGAGACCUCCAGGCUUGGACAUUUCACCAGGAAUGGAACCUGACAAUGGUGAGACCUGUAAAUCGGGAGGUUUGCGCCCACUCUCUCCCGCACCUCCUCCUCCACCACCGCCACCUCCAUUCGGGGACAGCGAAGGGAACGGGGGUCUGGCUCUGGGCAACUGCCCCAGCCCCAAGCGCUUGGAAGAUGAGCUGAAGAGGAACCUGGAGACCUUGCCCUCGUUCUCCUCUGAUGAGGAGGACUCCGUUGGAAAGAACCAGGACCUCCAGAAGAGCAUCUCCUCAGCCAUUUCUGCUCUGUAUGACACUCCUCAGCUAACCUCUAACAUCCAAACCCAGCUACCUCCUUCCCCUCCCCAGCCUCAGGCUACCCAGUCCCCACUUACUCCCACACUGCAGCCCCCCACGCUUAGCCCACAGCCUACCAUGCAUACGCCUCACAUCUUGCCCCAGUCCAACGAACCUGAUGUCCUCCAGCCAGAAGAUAGAGACAUGGAUGAGAACAAAGAGGAGGAGAAUGAGGAGGAGAGGAGCAUAGGAGGAGAGGAAGAGAGUGACAUGACAGAGGAGAGAGAGCCACAGCUGGAAACCCUGGGUACCCCCAAUCUCGAUGCGCCCCUCCCUGAGAUUCCUCCAGAGCCAGAAGCUCCUGAACCUCCCUCUGUCCCUCCAUCUCCCGCCUCAUCCUCGUCACCUUCUCACUCCCCCCUCCCUCCCCUCUCACUCCCCUCACCCCUGCCUCCACCAGAGGAACAACAGGAGAAUUCCCAGCCUCCAAGCCCCGUCGCUGCCACAUCCCCCUCUCCGCCACCUCCCCCAUCCGCCACUCUCCCUCAGCCUGCCACUCCGCCUCCUCCGACUUCCCCUCCUCCUCCAUCUUCAGUUCAGAAGGAGUCUCCCAUGCCAUCUCCAGAGUCCCCCGCCUCUCCUGAAGAGCCCCCCGCUCCUAAGAUCACCUCACUGCACCUUGCCCAGAAGCAAGAAGAUGCUGCCAUCGCUGGAGAGAGUGAGGAGGAUGAGAGUGAGAGUGGAGGCGAGGGCAUCUUUAGAGAAAGAGACGAGUUUGUGGUACGGGUGGAAGACAUUCGAACUCUCAAGCUUGCCCUGCAGAUGGGCCGUGAGCCUCCACCCAUCUGGAGGGUGCAGAAAGCCCUGCUGCAGAAGUUCAGCCCAGAGAUCAAAGAUGGACAGAGACAGUUCUGCGCCACAAGCAACUAUCUUGGCUACUUCGGAGAUGCCAAGAGGCGUUACCAGCGAAUCUACGUCAAGUUUCUGGAGAAUGUCAACAAGAAAGACUAUGUCAGAGUCUGCUCUCGGAGACCUUGGCGCAGAGCCACACCUGCUCUAAGACGCCAGCCCCUACCCAGAAUGGCUUCCCCUCCUGCCACCCAGGUGCCACCAAAAGUAGAGAAAGAGGAGCGAGUGGCUCCGCCAGUCCAGCGUGAACAGAGGGAGAAAACAAGAACCACAACAACAAAAGAACAACGGGAGAAGAAGGAGGUUCCAGCUGCUGUGCCCAAAGCGAAGGAGAAAGAGAGGGAGCCUGAGAAGGAAAGGGAGAAGCGAGUACAGCCGCAGCAGGAAAAGGUGGAGAAACGUACCGCGGCAGCAGAGCGAGGUAGAGCAAAGGAGGAGAAGAAAGCGGUGGAGAGGAAGGAGAAGGAAAAGGCAGAGCGCCCACCCAAGUCCAAGCCGGCCAAAGUGAAGGCAGAGCCACCGCCCAAGAAGAGGAAGAAGUGGCUGAAGGAAAUCCCUUCAUCAUCUGACUCAGACUCAUCGGAGGAGGCAGCUAGUGAGAAUGAAAUGCCAGUGAAAGGCGGAGUGAACAACCGUGCCAUGAGGGAGAUGUUCAGGAGCUACGUGGAGAUGCUGGUCAGCACAGCCCUGGACCCUGACAUGAUCCAAGCCCUGGAGGACACUGAUGAUGAGCUGUACCUCCCACCGAUGAGGAAGAUUGACAGCAUCCUCAGCGAGCAGAAGAGGAGGUUGUUGAGGAGAGUCAGCAUGAGCUCUCAGCACCAGGAGAUCCUGCAUGCUUACCCCCAGAUCAUUGUAGACCCCCUGGACUCAGGAGUGGUGAGGGUGCGGCUAAGCGGGGAUGCUUACAACCGCAAGACCCUCAACAGAGUCAAAAAGUCCCUGCCUAAACCACAGGACCUUAAACUGUCAUCGGAGACGUAUCGGAUCUACAGUCUCUUCCACUCCCUGCAUCACUAUAAAUACCACACCUUCUUACAGUGCAAGAAAGAGACCAACACCAUUGAGCAGGCAGCUGAGGACCCGGGCCAAGAGGAAGUGGUGCAGCAGUGCAUGGCCAACCAGAGCUGGCUGGACACUCUCUUCAGCUCCUUCAUCGAGCUGCUCACGCUCAGCACCAAAGCCUGAGUCCACCACAAAAAUAAAGAGACAGAGAGAGCGAGAGAGAGAAAAUGGAUUGACGCAAAAGGAUAAAAAAAAAAAACUAAUCAAAAUGAAGAUACAAAAACAAAGAAAUGGAUCCUACUGUACAGCCCCCUGACCCUCUCAGAAUCUUAAAGAUCUGAGGAUGAAUUUUUAAGGCCCUUGACGAACAUAAGGGGGUCUGUUGAUGUGACCUCGGACACUGGCGUCUGUUCUUUUUCUUGUUGUUUAUCACAGACUAAAGAAUUGUCUUACUUUGUGAGAAGGGGGGACCCCACCAGAGACCGUUGGUGAAAAGGGAGCGACGCAAACUGGAAGGACAAAGAAGAGGAGCCGUCACGCCAAGUCAACGGAGGAGCCUCUGAGAUCUUGUAAACUGUGUGUCAUGAAGACAAUGGUUCAAAAGAGAAACUAUUACCACUUAGUUUUUACAUAAAUUAUUUUUUUGAAGACUAACAUCAGCUGUUGGCUUUUGAAAAGAGUGGAAGAGGGUGAGAAUGCUUUUUAAACUGCGUGUAGAGUGUGCUGUGAGCAGCGUGAACAUGGAUAGAAACAAAAUGUGUUUUUAAACGCUCUCUCUCUCUCUCUCUCUCUCUCCCUCCCUCUCUCCCUCUCCUGCGCUAUGUGAAGGGCAGCACCAGUCAGCUGUGUGAUAAUAUAUAAACACAUUUUUAUUAUUUAUAUGAGGAGGUUUUUAACUUAAACUCUCACAAGCGCUGGGUUGCUGCCCUAACAUUUAAAAAAAGUCUUAUUUUCCACAGGAUCAGUAUACAGUCGUAACCCACAUAUCCAAGCCGUCUUUCCCUCUAUACAAAAGAACAGACGGCGAAACAGAAAUAUUGUAUCAAAUACAGUGGGUGUAAAAUAACAGGGGAAAAGUAAGAAAAGAAAAAAAGAAGAGAACGGGGAGAAUCUAUUUGAAACUUAACAUUGUUGUGCUUCAGUUCAAUCAUCAGUCAUGCAGGUGCAAAGAAAAAAGUAAACUAUCCAUUUCCCAUGUGGGAGGAAGGAGUAUAAAUAAGUAAUAUUUAAAGAGGAAAUAGUCAUUUCAUUUUAUCAUUUGAUGUUUGUGCAUACUAUGACUUAUUUUGAAAACAAUCUAAUUUUCCAUAAAAAAAGGAAAAAAGGUGUGUAAAUAUUGUACAGUUCUUGAUGAAAUUCUUUGUCCUUCUGUACAUUAACUCCUGUAUUUGAGAAACAAAUAAAAUCUGCAAAGAACAAA